AUGACAUCUGGGAACAUGGCAUCGGGUAGUGGAUCCUCACCAGGGGGUUUACAAUUAUUUCCUCCUCCACCAAAGAAAGCGAAGAACCCAUCGAGGAUACCAAGUACGAGGGGGAUUGGUAGUGAGCCUCAACGACCACCUCAAGCAGCAGUUGAAUACAGACCGGAGUCACGGAACUUUUCUCUGCCAAAUCCCUCGAGACCGUUACCUCAUGCACAGGCAUCGAGUUCCUCACAACCACCAGAUACAAUCUCGCCUAUCGCUCAACCAUCACAAGCACACAUUGCCGCUGAAAUUCCUCGAUCACAUACCUCACUUUUUGAAGCACCAACCCUUGUCAGGAGUAAUAGCCUUCAGUCUCACUCCUCGAUAGCGAAAAAUGGUAUUGCGUCGCCUUCUCGGGGGGAAGAACCUGUGAUGCGAUCCAUAUUCCCACGGUACAAUCCUGAACUGCCACUGGAAUACCAGUCAUACUUUCCAACUCAACAGUCUUCCACACACAUUCCCAAAACUGUUAUAAACCGACGUCCAUACUCACCCUCUAUCCACGAACAACGAAGUCCAAUGUACACUGGAGGAAUGCAAUCGCCACUGUCCAUCGGUUCUGCUGCUGGUAGAUUUCCUCAACACCUUCAAGAUGAGCCAGUCAUGGAACCUUCAAAUCUAGAAGAACUUAAAGAAUUAUGGAAAGUCGCCAACGGUUGGCGAGUCUCGGCUUCAGAAGGUCGAACAUUCUGUCUGAAAAUGACUACCGCUGCUGAAGAACCCGUUCAUACCCUCUCAGCUUCCUCUGGAACACCGUUCUACACCUUAAAAGUAAUACCCACAUCCACCUCCGCCCAAGUUUCUAUGACACGACAAGAUCCCAAUCGUGGGCCCCACUCAACAUCAUCACCUCGAAUAGGCAGUUCCCUCCGCUACAAAGAGAAGGACAAGGACACCGACGUCCUCAGCAGCACGCUUGAAGAACCCGCUCGUCGUCUCCCACCAAAUGAUGGACUCGUUGCUCUUCUGUACCCUCGCGCUGCUUCAAACAUGGCACUGGACAUGGUAUCCAAACCCCACCGCGCCGACAGCGCAGCCAUAAUAGCAGCCGCAGAACGAGAGGCAGGAAGACUAGUAUGGGACGUCGACAGCGAGAAGUACUACCUGGUCCACCCGGCCCUCCAAACCCCUUUCGUAGUCUGCAUCUCCUCAUCGCCAGCUUGGUCACGGGUCGAGUACACCCUCGAACAUCCCGAACUACCUCGGAAUCUCGUGCGACUCGUUCGCGACGGGGCCGGCACGGGAUUCCUGGAAGUCGAUACCAGUUCCGCGGCCCGAAUCGACGCAUUCUACAUCGUCGAUGUGGCGAUGUGCGCGAUCAUGCUAGUUUCCACGGAAGAAGAGAAGAAACACCACAUCGAGCACUUCGAGGCACCUCCCUCCAUCGCUCCUCGCUCGCCGCAUUCGAGUAUCACGCCCGGCUCCCCGGGUCGAAGAAGUAUGUUGGGACGCAAGAAGAAAGAUAAGAAGCGCGAGAUGCCGAAAACGGAGGCUUUCGAGCUCGAUCUUGAGGAUCAGAGUCAGAAUAGUCUCAAGGGGUUCAAAGCACCGACCAAGCAGAAGGAGGAGAAGACACCUGGGUGUUGUGGACUUCUUUGGAUGCUUGUGAAAUGUCUGGCUUGGAGUGUAGCCCUGAUCUUUAAGGGGAUUGGGAAGACGGUUGUGUGGAUUUGUGGGAGGAGGAAGAAGAAUUCCAAUUCUUCUUCCUCUUAUUCGUAG